CUCUCUUGCGUGUAGCCGAUUUCCGCCCUCCGCUGAUCUAGUUUUGGGAGCUGCUUCGUGGCCGCUCGGGUUCGGUGCUUGGAAUCUCACAUGCCGGUGAGUCCCCAAGGGAUCGGCGCGUCUGUGUGACGGCGCUUCUGGGCAUUUCGGUUUCAAUGAUCAUGAAAUAUUUCGACAAUGUGGUUAAGUGUUUUGGUGGUUCGCUGAUUCUCUAUACCACCACCCUUACGAGCAUGCUGUUGUUCGGCUCCAAAGUGGACGCUGCAUUUAUCCUUGGCCUCCUGGUCUACUCGAUCAGCAGCUACUUCUACGCUGGGGACCACAUCGGGAAGCUCAGCACCUACGAGAGGUACGCCGACGAGAUAGAGGCCCUGGUGAGGACGAAGGAGCGCGGCGCCGCGGAGAUGGCGCGGCUCAAGGCCGCAGAGGCGGCGGCCGCGGAGGUCGAGGCAGCGGCGACCAUCGGCAAGAGAGCCUCCGGCGGCGACGAGGACGCGAGGACGCCGUGAGGCACGCCGCGCCGUGCCGCUCUGGCGGAGGCCGCCCUGCCUAUACGUUCUUGUGACCGAGGGAAGAACCGCGCUGAGCAUGACGAAGACGGCGCGCUUGUCGAGACCGACUCUUGUCAAGGUCCAGGCCAGGCGUCGCCGAUUCGCGAGGAUGGAUUGCGGCUCGGCCAUGGCCAAGGUGGGCGGUGGCGAGGCUCCACACGGACGGUUCCGCGUGCAGUUUUGGUCAUUGUGUUCGUUUUUCCCCUCCAUACAAAGUCUGUAG